AUGGCGAACACAAUGCCUCUUCGAGGGUCAGGCCAACUACUGUUUGGCCUGUGCAUCGCCUGCGUGGCCCUUAGUUGGGUCAUCGUGACCGCCAGGCUGGCGGUCCGAAGAGCCAUCCACGCUUUAGGAUGGGAUGAUGGACUCAUGCUUGCUGGACUGAUUCUGUUCAGCACUUUUAGCGCCACGCUCAUCGGAAUGUGUUACAACGGCGGUGGCUACCUUCUCUCUGAACUGUCCGCCGCUACCACUAUGGCUGGGAUCAAAUACUAUUUCUUAAGUCAAAUCAUCUAUACGACCAGCACAGUACCCGUCAAGUGCUCCAUCUGCUUCACGCUUUUGCGUCUAGCCGACAGGAAGAAGCGUUUCUGCUAUGUUCUGUACGCCAUCAUGACCUUGAGCAUCAUCGCAGGCAUAGUGACCAUCAUUGGCGUCCUAAACGCCUGCAAACCGCUUCGAGCGUUCUGGGGCGAAGUCGAAGGAAAGUGCAACGCCGACGUCAGCAUCGCCAUCGGACUCUUCCUGAGCGCAACGUGCAUUGCCACCGACUUCGUUUUGGCAGUGCUACCAGGGAUAAUGCUUUGGGACGUCCAGAUUAAGAGGCGUGUCAAAGUCUACAUUGUCGCUAUACUGGCUCUAGGCGCUCUCGCGUCCGUAUCAACGAUUGUGCGCAUACCCUACCUGCUGCGCUACAGCGAGCCAGACCGAAUUCUCAAGACCGCCGCGCCACUUUCUUGCUGGACAGUCGGCGAAGUCGCCAUUGGCAUUUGUGCUGGUUCCGUUGCACAGUUACGGCCCUUGCUCAGGUACGUGCCGUUCAUCAAGCAUAGCAGCUAUGACGGACCCACUAGCGACCACCCUUCGAGGACACUGCGCUCUCGUUCCGGCAUAGUGAAGCUCACCACACUUCACUCUGAAGGGCAGAACAAGUCAGACACGGCAGAAUCCACACGUCGUAUCCACGGCCGAGAUGAGCUUGACCUCGAAACAGACUCGGAUGGAGAUAGCCAGGAGGAACGCUUGAAUGGUACAACGCAUAGCAUGGCAUCUGAAGCAACGGCAUUUCCGGACGAUGUUGAGUCCGCUGUGAUGGGAACGAUCAGGAAGGACACGGAAGUGACCGUGCAACCCUGGUCGCCUUCCCGUGCCCACGACGCGCAAAGCGUGGCGAGCAGUGAUGCUGGACCUGUUGCAGUCCCGCAGUCGCCAGACUUUACAUUCCGAGAUGGCGGAACGUGCAAGACUGAGGUGUGGCACCGGCGGUCGAGAGGGUGA